CUUACCACUUACCACGUUGAGUCGAACACAAACGCAAACAAACCGUGUCGUCAUAUCCGUAGUAUCUCCAGAACGUUACAGAAAUACUUUCGCGAGCUUUCCACUUAAGAAUUUGAUGAUGUCAUCACCUACGUCAUGGACUACGGUGUUUUAAGGAUUUGUUGACAGGACAAACCCUUCUCAAGCCCAUCAUCAUUAUAAUCUUUAUGAGUUUAUAGAUGUGUGGAAAAACAGCUGAGCUGUCACUGACUAACAGCAGGAAGAUUGCAUUGUUUACCAAACUUGUUCUUUCGCUUUUUGAACAGCUCUUUGAAGCUGAAGACAUUGCCAUAACCAUGCUGUGCUGGGGAAAUGCCUCCUAUGGCCAGCUUGGAUUGGGUGGAAUCGAUGAAGAAAUCAUAGUAGAGCCCCGGAAAUGUGACUUCUUUAAUGGGAAGGUGGUGCGAGAUGUAGGCUGUGGGAGAAGAUACACUGUUUUUCUGCUUGAGGAUGGAACUGUGUAUACCUGUGGCUGCAAUGACCUGGGACAGCUGGGGCAUGAUAAGGCACGCAAAAAACCAGAGCAGGUAAUGGCACUUGAUGCUCAGAACAUUGUAGCGGUAUCUUGUGGUGAGGCUCACACUCUUGCUCUAAGCGACAAAGGACAAGUGUUUGCAUGGGGACAGGCUUCUGAUGGACAACUUGGCCUUGCCAACAUCGAAGAAUGUAUGAGAGUGCCCAGAACAAUCAAGAGUUUGUCAGAUGUCCAUGUUAUCCAGGUCUCCUGUGGUUAUAGGCAUUCCCUUGCACUUUCUAGGAGGGGACAUAUUUUUUCCUGGGGGCAAAAUAGGUAUGGUCAGUUAGGACUAGGGAAAGAAGGACCUUGUGUCUUGACCCCACAGGUCAUCCAGUCUUUACAGGGCAUCCCAUUUGCCCAGAUCUCCGCAGGAGGUGCCCACAGCUUUGCACUCACAAUGUCUGGUGCUGUCUUUGGUUGGGGGCAAAACAAGUUUGGCCAGCUGGGCUUAAAUGACAACAAUGAUCGAUGUUUUCCAACCUUGCUGAAGACACUCAGGUCACAAGGGGUUGUUUAUAUAUGCUGUGGAGAGAAUCACACUGCUGCAUUAACAAAGGAGGGAGGUGUGUUCACAUUUGGAGCAGGUGGAUAUGGCCAGCUGGGACACAACAGCAUAAACCACGAAAUUAACCCACGAAAAGUGUUUGAACUCAUGGGGAAUGUUGUUACACAAGUAGCUUGUGGUAGGCAGCAUACCUUAGCAUUCAUUCCAUCCUCUGGCAAGAUUGAUUCUUUUGGUCUUGGAGGGAAUGGACAACUUGGAACACGUCACACCUGCAACAGGAUAAGCCCUGCUCCUGUGAAAGGCCCAUGGAGAGUCCACAAUGACCCGACACCAAUAGAAUCUGAGUCUGAGAAGUUGUACACUGUGAAGAGGAUUUAUGCUGGUGGAGACCAGAGCUUUGCCCAUUUCCACUGUCUUCAGGAUGGCCCUCCCCCAGAUGAUCUGCGAAUAAGACAUAGUAAUCAGCAUGUCUUAACCUUGAAUGGUGACCUCAUACAGAAAUGGCUGAGCCACGGUCAUGGAAGACUCUUGCCAGAAAUUACAGUUGAGAUCAGUGGUGUAUUCUCCUCAGCAAGUUGUCUAAAUGGGAGUUUUCUUUCUACAAGUCAUCCAGAUCAUUAUCGCACUAGCAGUAAAUGUCCUGGGGUGGACAUAAACAUGGCUCGCCUCCUCUUUAACAGACUAAUCCAGCCUGAUUAUCCACAGAUCUCACAACAAAUUGCUGAUAGUUUGGGGAGGCAUUUGAUUCCCAACCUGUGCAGCUCUCCUCCAGACAUUGAGGCACUAAGACUCUACCUCAUACUUCCAGAGUGUCCACUGUUUAAAAACCCCAACACUUACAUCACACUCACCAUUCCCUUUGCCAAGGCAGUCAUCUACCUCAGCAGUGCUCCACUCAAAGUGCUUGGAAAUUGGUGGUCUUGCCUUGAUCCAGCAGUGUUUCAAGGACUGGUGGAAUUGUAUAAAGAGGUGAUUGUGUAUUUACUCCGGAUGCAGAAGAUAGGAAUUUCACCAUCUGAGCACAGGACAUUUACUUGCUUCCUAAGUACCUGUUUGAAAUUUCUGGAGAUUCUGCACUCUGUAAAUGAGCGAGCUGGUCAAAUUAUUCAGUAUGACAAGUUUUAUAUACAUGAACUGGAAGACCUUGUUGACAUCAGGAGUGAUUACGUUACAUGGAUCCAGCAUCAGAUGUUCUCCAUGGGCAUGGGCUCUCAGGUCAACCUGUGCAAAUACCCAUUUGUAUUUGAUGCUCAAGCAAAGACAAUGCUGCUUCAAACUGAUGCUGUUAUCCAGAUGCAGAUGGCUGUAGACCAAGCAGAAAGACAGAAUCUGAGCUCUUUAUUCCUGCCAGGUGGCAUGGUGGAGUCAGUAAACCCGUGCCUCAUUCUCAUGGUACGCAGAGAAAAUGUUGUUGAAGACACUAUGGAGGUUUUGCAGAAGUCCAAAAAUGUUGAUUACAAGAAGCCCUUAAAGGUGAUCUUUGUUGGAGAGGAAGCUGUGGAUGCUGGGGGUGUGAGGAAAGAAUUUUUCCUCCUUAUCAUGAAAGAACUGCUGGACCCGAAAUAUGGCAUGUUCAGGUAUUAUGAGGAGUCCAGACUCAUCUGGUUUUCGGACAAGACUUUAGAAGAUAUCGACUUGUUUCACCUCAUCGGGGUUAUUUGUGGUUUGGCCAUAUAUAAUCUGACUAUAGUGGAACUAAAUUUUCCUGUAGCCCUGUACAAAAAACUCUUGAAGAAAACUCCGACUUUGGAGGACCUGAAGGAGCUCAUGCCUGUUGUUGGCAGGAGUCUGCAAGAAUUAUUGGACUACACAGAAGAUGAUGUUGAGGAAACAUUCUGCUUGAACUUCACAAUUACUGUGGAAAAUUUUGGUGAAACUGAGGUUUUUGAGCUGGUACCUGAUGGAAUUAACAUCGCUGUAAACAAUCACAACAGACAAGACUUUGUAAAUGCCUACCUUGACUACAUUUUCAACUUAUCUGUGGCUCCUCUUUUCAAUGAAUUCUAUGCCGGAUUUCACAAAGUAUGUGGAGGGAAAGUUCUGGAGCUUUUUCAGCCGAAUGAACUACAGGCCAUGGUUAUAGGGAACACCAAUUAUGACUGGAAAGAACUAGAGAAGAAUACAAAGUACAAGGGAGAAUACUGGCCUGAACACCCCACUAUCAAAUUCUUCUGGAAUGUUUUCCAUGAGUUACCUCUGGAAAUGAAGAAGCAGUUCCUGUUGUUUCUCACAGGUAGUGAUCGAAUCCCCAUCCUGGGCAUGAAGAGUCUUGUCAUGGUCAUUCAGCCAACUGGAGGUGGAGAGAACUAUCUUCCAGUUGCCCACACGUGCUUCAAUCUUUUAGAUUUGCCCAAGUAUACAAGCCAAGAAAUACUCAAAGAAAAGCUUCUACAGGUCAUUGAACACAAUCAGGGCUUCAAUCUGGCUUGACAGUUUACAGAGACACAGUUUUGCAUUCAGUUUGUUUCUAGACUACAGAAUGUCUGAGACCACUGAUUAAAAUACUAUAAAAUGAGAGAUAAAUACUCAAGGGAGUUUAAUAUAGGACUAUAAUUUAAUUAGAUUGCACUAUUUACAGAAACACUAUUUAAAGUUUUCCUAUACACGCCAAUUAAAGUUUUGAUGACGCCUUGUACACAUUUGAUUCUUGUUCUGUUCUUUGGAGUAUUCUGCUUUUUUGCUUUGGUUCUUUGUGUUGGGUUUUUAAUAGUGCUACUGGAUUUUCAAUCUCUUCCGAUUGGCAGACUUAAUUUUUAAUGCAGUGCCAUAACAAAUAAAAUCUAUUGGGUUGGAGUUUUUGGAUCAAUUAUUUUAUCAUAAUAGUAGUGAAAACUGUCAGUGAAGGACAGAAUGGACCAACAAAAUACUAUCACACCUUACUGCUAUAGAAGUCAACAUAGAAUUGACAUGUUAAAAGCUACGCAGUUCCUCUGAUGAAUUUACAAUUAAUGAAUUUCCCCUUAUUAGAAUAUCAGUGAUUUAGGCGACUUUUAAUUUUAAAACCGCUGACAUCACAAUUUAAAGUGUUAAACUUAGUUUUUUGUUACUAAAGAUCAGUCACUGAACAAACAAUUAUCAACUGUACUGUCAAAAGUAUUAUUUAUAACCAAAAGCUACAAAAAGUCCCAUUUUGCCUGUUCAUAACUGUAUGGACAUGUCAGAUCACACACUUAAUGACAGUAGUUCUAAUAGUAUAAAACCAUUUAAGAAUAGCAAAGCGUAACUUUUGGCUCAUGUGGUGGUGCAGUGAGUAGUGUUGCUGCUUAUGAGCUUUAAAGUUAAAGUCCUCGUUAAAGACUUAAAGUCCUAGGUUCAAUCGUGUGCUGAUCUGUGUGGAGUUUCUGUACAUGUUCAUCCCAUGUCUAUGUAGGCUUCAUCUGGAUUCACCAGUUUUCAACCAGCUGUGGAUCUACCAUGACCCUGGACCAGUAUAAAGUGGUUACAUGGACAGAGGGAGGAAGCUCCACAAUGCUUUUAUGUUAACACGAGUUGUAAUUCAUUGCAUGGUGUGUUUUGUAAAUAUUUCCAGGGACACAGCCCAGAACUGUGUCAAAAUAAGGUUUCUGUGUACCCUGCUGUUAUUCCCCCCCUCUAACUUGAAAAGCUACACUGACCAGUAAAGCAUGACAUUGCAACAUGCAGAGACAGCACACAUAUCACAUCUGGUUUAAUAAAACAUAUUAAAAUA